AUGCCACUUGAUGGAAGUAGUACGGAAUUGCUUAAUACGCAGAAUUCAACUAAAAAGAAACGUUCAAAUAAAAAAAGACGACCUAAUCGAAAAUUACCAUCGAAAACAAGACUUUUAGAUGGAAAUGAAGCUAAUGGUCAAUCAUCUAGUGGCAUUAAAAAUGCUCUUAAUUCAAAUCGAUGUGAUUUAAAUAAGUUAACACCAGCUAAUAUUGCUUCUCUUCGUUGGGAUAAUACAUUGACUGAUCCAACACUAGAAAAUGAACGUAUCGAAAGGUAUAAAGAGCUUCGACGGCAACGCUACAUAGAUGCUCGACAAAAUGCUAUUCAAAUACUUAUGGAGCAAAUGCACGUAACUGCGACGAAUGCUACAACUAGUUGUCCUGGAAAUGAAUAA